AUGACGGAACUCGAUUCUUUGGGCAAGCUUCGUGCUCUGCGAGAGUUGAUGAGAGAAAGACAGCUGGAUGUAUACAUCGUACCCACAGAAGACGCUCACUCAUCUGAAUACAUCGCCCCUUGUGAUGCUCGCCGAACUCAUAUCACCUCUUUCACUGGCUCAGCUGGUUGUGCUGUUAUCACUCAAGAUCGAGCGUUAUGCUGGACGGAUGGUCGAUAUUUCCUUCAAGCGGAGAAACAGCUGGGUCAGGGCUGGUCACUCAUGAAACAAGGAAUGCCAGAUGUCCUGCCUUGGAAUCAAUGGCUCAAGCAGUACGCUUCCUCCUCAAAGAUCGGCAUAGAUCCCACUCUCAUAUCCUAUUCCGAGGCUAUCUCUCUCACGACUCUACUCUCGGCUCAUAGGAGCAAAUCAUCCCUCUUUCCUGUUCAAGAGAAUCUCAUCGAUGUCCUCUGGUAUUCUCGUCCUCCACGGCCUGCCAACCCCGUGUUCAGACUCGAGGAACGAUUCACUGGUGAAGCAUUGGGACAAAAGCUACGGUCUCUUCGGGAGAAGCUCACCAAGACGGGAUCACCAGGAAUGAUCGUCAGUCAGCUUGACGAAGUAGCAUGGCUGUUCAAUCUCCGGGGGAGUGAUAUACCUUACAACCCUGUUUUCUUCUCAUAUGUCAUCCUCACUCCUGAGGAGUGCACGCUGUUCAUACAGCCCUCCUCCAUUAGCGAGACGAUCAGAGAGUAUCUGCACGCAAAUGACGUAGCAGUGUUAGACUAUGGACAAUUGUGGAGUUAUCUGCAUACAUGGGGACGACGACUCACUCAACAGCGGGAGGUAGCGUCAGAGACAACGAGAAAAGGCGACGGGAAAGAGAAGCAGAUACUAGGGAGGGCCCUCACUCAAGAAGAGAGUCGAGAGGAGGGACUGGUGAAAACAGACAAGGUGUUGAUCGGAGGCAAAACGAGCUGGGCAGUCGCUAAAGCUGUGGGCGAGAGUAAUGUGGAAGUCCAGAAAUCCAUGAUCGAACUAGCUAAAUCCAAAAAGAACGCGACCGAGAUAGAGGGUUUUCGACAGUGUCAUAUUCGAGACGGAGCGGCUUUGGUCCGAUAUUUUGCCUGGCUGGAGGAGACUCUACACCGAGGCGCGAAAUUAACAGAGUAUCAUGCCGCACAACGGCUGGAGGAAUAUCGCAAAGAAAACCAAUGGUUCAUGGGCUUGUCAUUCGAGACAAUUUCGUCGACAGGGUCGAAUGCUGCUGUCAUACAUUAUGCACCUUCUUCGGAGAAUAGUGCUGUCAUCGAAGUGGAUCAGAUAUAUUUGUGCGACUCCGGAGGUGGGUUUAUCUCCAGAUGUACCACAGACACGACUCGGACAUUGCACUUCGGUACACCCACAUAUGAGGAGAGAAGAGCUUUCACACGAGUACUCCAAGGCCACAUCGCAAUGGACACCAUGGUUUUUCCACAAGGCACCACGGGGUACAUCAUCGACGCUAUUGCUCGCCGUCCAUUAUGGUCUGACGGCCUCGACUACAGACACUCAACAGGACACGGAGUAGGUGCAUUUCUGAACGUUCACGAAGGACCCCAAGGCGUCGGUCUCCGACCAGCCUAUAACGAUCAUCCUCUACUUGCCGGUAACGUGAUCUCGAAUGAGCCAGGUUAUUACGCGGAUGGGAAAUUUGGAAUCAGGAUAGAAAACGUUAUGAUCGUCAAACCCAGUGAUACGAGGAAUAACUUCGGUGGUAAGGGGUAUCUUGAAUUCGAAAGAGUCACGAUGUGCCCGAUUCAGACGAAAUUGAUUCAACAUGAUCUUCUUGUCGAAUGGGAACGAAAGUGGAUUAACGAAUAUCAUAACGAGGUUCUUGAGAAGCUCACUCCUUUGUUGGAAAAGUUUGAUGAUUCUCGGGCUUUGGCGUGGCUGAGAAGAGAAUGCCAGGAUAUCUGA